AUGAGUAGAAUCAACAAGAACGUGAUUUUGGCGCUUUUAACUUUGACAAGUUCUGCAUUUCUGCUGUUUCAGUUAUACUACUACAAGCACUAUAUAUCAGCAAAGAAUGGAGCUGGUGUAUCAAAAUCUAAGGGAAACCGAAUUGGAUUUGAUAGCACACAGUGGCGUGCAGUUAAAAAAUUUGUUAUGCUAACAUCCAGCCAAAAUGUACCAGUGUUCCUUAUCGAUCCUUUGAUUCUGGAAUUGAUUAAUAAAGACUUUGAACAAGUCAAAAAUAUUUCUCAUGGCUCCACUUCAGAAUGCAAGUUUUUCUGUGUUCCAAGAGACUUUACUGCAUUUGCACUGCGGUAUCACCUAUGGAAGAAUGAGGAGGGCUGGUUUCGGACGGCUGAAAAUAUGGGCUUUCAGUGCCUAAAGGUUGAGAGCAAAGACCCCCGGCUGGAUGGAAUAGACUCACUUUCUGGAACCGAAAUUCCCCUGCACUACAUCUGCAGAUUGGCUAAUCAUGCCAUCCACUUGGUGGUCUUUCAUGAGAGGAGUGGCAACUACCUCUGGCACGGCCAUUUACGACUCAAAGGACGCGUGGACCGGAAAUUUGUUCCUUUUCGAAAGUUACAGUUUGGCCGUUAUCCUGGAGCUUUUGACAGGCCAGAGUUACAACAAAUUACUGUUGAUGGACUCGAAGUUCUCAUCCCGAAAGAUCCAGUGCAGUUUCUAGAAGAAAUACCACACUCUCGGUUUAUUGAGUGUAGGUAUAAGGAAGCUCGAGCAUUUUUUCAGCAGUACCUUGAUGAUAACACUGUGGAAGCCAUGGCCUUUCGGAAGAGUGCAAAGGAAUUGUUGCAGCUAGCAGCCAGAACGUUAAAGAAAUUGGGAGUCCGGUUCUGGCUGAGCAGUGGAACUUGUCUAGGAUGGUAUCGGCAAUGCAACAUUAUUCCUUAUAGUAAAGAUGUUGACCUAGGAAUUUUUAUACAAGAUUAUAAAUCUGAUAUUAUUUCAGCAUUUCAGGAUGUAGGACUUCCACUCAAACACAAAUUUGGGAAGGUAGAGGACAGCUUGGAACUAUCUUUCCAGGGAAAAGAUGAUGUAAAACUCGACAUUUUUUUCUUCUAUGAAGAGACUGACCAUAUGUGGAAUGGAGGCACUCAGGCCAAAACGGGAAAAAAAUUUAAGUACCUAUUUCCCAAGUUUACACUGUGCUGGACUGAGUUUGUAGACAUGAAGAUUCAUGUGCCCUGUGAAACCACUGACUACAUUGAAGCCAACUAUGGUAAGACCUGGAAGAUUCCCGUGAAGACAUGGGACUGGAAGCGCUCUCCCCCCAAUGUACGGCCCAAUGGAGUCUGGCCUAUUUCUGAGUGGGAUGAGGUUAUCCAGUUAUACUGA